GUUGGUUACGCGGCACACCAGCUCCUGCGGCGACAGCUCGGUAUAUAAGGAGCCUCACCGCGUCCAGUCUGCCUAGUUCCCAGAUCCAACCACCGCGUCAAGAUGAAGACCCUCGCUGUGUUGGCCGUGGUGGUGGUGGCGGCGGCGGCCACUCCCAUAGGUGGCUUGCAGGACCAGGAUGGCCAGUUUGUUCUGACUAAGGAUUACUCCCUGGAAGACGGAACAGAAUACUCCGUGAAAUACGUCAAGCCCUACACACCGGGUAGGCCGCUGCCAGCCUUCUACCGCAGCAUGGACAGCUCUGAGGAGGUCCGCUACUACCUGGCCAGCGAACAGGGUCGGCAACGCAUGAGUUGGGCAGACCGCGUGAACAAACUGCGUCACGUGCUGUCCACUGGCAUCGAUGUCUCCAAUGAACUGUUCUACAACAUGUACUCCAAGGGCAGAGUAAACCUACCGUCUGAUCGUCAAUACUAUGUGGACUCUUCGGGCGAGAUCUACUACGACUCAGAUCAUCAGAAUCAGGUGGUGCAAGCAGUGUAAAGUACCAAGAGGCGUCCGAACACAGACAGGGACUCAGCCAGUGCUGGGACCCUGACCAGUGAAGCUGUUGUAGUUCAGUGGUGGUAGUGAAACAAUGUCCCACCACUGCUACAGUACCUACACUCAUUACAUGUCCAACUUUGUUAUCCACCUGCAGUGCCACCAUCUAGAUCUUCUGGAUAAUGUUGGUAGCUUUAAAUGUUUUAGAUACAGAACAAUGUGACCAAAGGUCAGUGUAGUAAUGUAGCUGUAAAAGCUCUAGUUCCUUGGUAGGCAUCGACAUCAUGCAAAGCCAUUAUAACAUGAAAUAAAACUAAAUUAUUUUAUGACAAAA